CGUGCUGCCGUGGAGACGGGAUGGGCGGAUCCAAACGCGGAGGGGUGCUGGAUCCCGCGAGGCUGGGCGCUGCUUCCGCGCAUCGCCGCUUUACUUCCCCGCUUUCCCCCCGUUCGCGGGCCUGUGGACCUGUCCCGAGGCGGAGGCCCAGACGUGCGCACCCGCGGGAGCAGUCAAGCGGACUAGCUGCUUCUCCAGACCGAGCGAUCAGGAGCUAGAGAUGCUAUUUUAUCAUCUGUGAGAAGUUGGCCCAGAGAUGGAAAACUUUAUUCUCUAUGAGGAGAUUGGCAGAGGAAGCAAGACUGUUGUCUAUAAAGGGCGACGGAAGGGAACAAUCAAUUUCGUAGCUAUUCUUUGUACUGAUAAGUGCAAAAGGCCUGAAAUCACCAACUGGGUCCGUCUCACCCAUGAAAUUAAACACAAGAAUAUUGUAACUUUUCAUGAAUGGUAUGAAACCAGCAAUCAUCUCUGGCUAGUAGUAGAACUCUGCACAGGUGGUUCCUUAGAAACUGUUAUUGCUCAAGAUGAAAACCUCCCAGAAGAUGUUGUGAGAGAAUUUGGGAUUGACCUGAUUACUGGAUUGCAUCAUCUUCAUAAACUUGGCAUUCUCUUUUGUGACAUUUCUCCUGGGAAGAUACUCUUGGAAGGGCCUGGCACAUUGAAGUUUAGCAAUUUUUGCUUGGCAAAAGUGGAAGGCGAAAGUUUGGAAGAGUUCUUUGCUUUGGUGGCGGCAGAAGAAGGAGGAGGUGAUAGUGGAGAAAAUGUGCUGAAGAAAAGCAUGAAGAGUAGAGUCAAAGGAUCUCAGAUAUAUUCAGCACCAGAGAUUGUGAGGGGUACUGACUUCUCCAUCGCCAGUGACCUCUGGUCUUUGGGCUGUCUGCUUUAUGAAAUGUUUUCAGGAAAACCUCCAUUCUUCUCAGAUAGUGUUUCAGAAUUAAUUGAGAAGAUUUUAUAUGAAGAUCCUUUGCCACCUGUUCCAAAAGAUUCAUCUCUUCCUAAAGCUUCAUCAGAUUUUCUUAAUUUGCUUGAUGGGUUACUUCAAAGAGAUCCUCAGAAAAGAUUAACUUGGACAGGCCUACUGCAACAUUCAUUUUGGAAGAAUGCUUUCACUAGAGAAGACAAGGAAUCAAGCAUGGAGGAUUUCAGCUUCAGCAGUACCGUGAGGAAGUCUCUUGGGCCACAAGAUUCCAGGGAGCUUUUGCAGAACCCCCAGAGUGGACAAGCAAAAGAGCAGAAGAGUGGUCAGGAACUAAGUCAGUCUUUCAGACGAGAAAAUCGAACUGACUUGCGGCCUAAGAAUACUCUUGGGGGUCAAUUGAACGAAUCCAUGUUUCUUCUCAGUUCUCGUCCUACUCCAAGAACUAGCACUGUAGUGGCCUUAGGUCCUGGUGAGGAUAUGACUCAGAAAUCACCACAGAAGGCUGCUUCUCCUUUGACUAAGAUUACAAGUGGACACCUGAGUCAGCAGGACCUGGAAUCCCUGAUGAGAGAGCUUAUCUACACAGACUCAGAUCUUGUCAUCACCCCAAUUAUCGACAACCCGAAGAUACUGAAACAACUGCCAAUUAAAUUUGAUCCAAAAAUAUUGCAUCUACCAGCACAUUCAGUGGAUAAGUUGUUAUUUCUGAAAGACCAAGAUUGGAAUGACUUUUUGCAACAAGUGUGUUCGCAGAUAGACUCCACUGAGAAGAGUACUGGAGCCUCCAGAACCAAGCUGAAUCUCCUUUGCUAUUUAUGUGUGGUGGCUGGUCACCAGGAGGUGGCCACCAAGCUCCUCCAUUCCCCCCUGUUCCAGUUGCUAAUCCAGCAUUUGCGAAUAGCUCCAAACUGGGAUAUACGGGCCAAGGUCGCUCGAGUGAUUGGUUUACUGGCCUCACACACAACUGAGCUCCAGGAAAAUACACCUGUUAUCGAGGCAAUUGUUCUCUUAACUGAAUUAAUUAGGGAAAACUUCAGGAAUAGCAAAUUAAAACAGUGCCUUUUACCAACCCUUGGGGAGCUGAUCUACCUUGUAGCCACCCAGGAAGAAAAAAAAAAGAACCCUAGAGAAUGCUGGGCUGUUCCCUCGGCUGCAUACACAGUGCUAAUGAGGUGCCUUCGGGAAGGGGAAGAACGUGUUGUGAAUCACAUGGCAGCAAAGAUUAUUGAAAAUGUCUGUACUACCUUUUCUGCUCAAGCCCAGGGCUUUAUUACAGGAGAAAUUGGACCCGUUUUGUGGUACCUAUUCAGACAUUCUACUGUUGAUUCUCUUAGGAUAACAGCAAUAUCGGCCUUGUGUAGAAUCACUCGCCAUUCUCCUACUGCCUUCCAGAAUGUUAUUGAGAAGGUGGGACUGAACUCGGUGAUAAACUCCCUGGCCUCUGCCAUCUGCAGAGUUCAGCAGUACAUGUUGACCUUGUUCACCGCCAUGUUGUCCUGUGGGAUUCAUCUUCAAAGACUGAUCCAAGAAAAGGAUUUUGUCUCCACAAUUAUCCGUUUACUUGACAGCCCCUCAACUUACAUUAGAGCAAAGGCCUUCCUGGUUCUUCUGUAUAUUUUGAUUUACAACCGCGAGAUGCUGCUGCUCAGUUGCCAAGCAAGACUGGUGAUGUACAUCGAGAGAGACAGCAGAAAGACCACUCCAGGCAAGGAGCAGCAAAGUGGCAAUGAAUACCUGUCCAAAUGCCUGGAUCUUCUCAUCCGUCACAUCGUGCAGGAACUGCCACGAAUCCUGGGUGACAUUCUUAACUCCUUGGCUAACGUUUCUGGCCGCAAACACCCGUCGACAGUUCAAGUGAAGCAACUGAAGAUGUGUCUCCCUCUUAUGCCAAUAGUGCUUCACCUCGUCACUUCACAGGUGUUUCGACCUCAAGUUGUAACAGAGGAGUUCCUUUUCAGUUAUGGGACUAUUCUUAGUCAUAUUAAAUCAGUAGAUUCAGGAGAAACUAACAUAGAUGGAGCCAUAGGGCUAUUGGCAUCAGAAGAAUUUAUCAAGAUCACGUUGUCAGCUUUUGAAGCAAUAAUACAGUAUCCUAUUUUAUUGAAAGACUAUCGCUCUACGGUUGUUGAUUAUAUCCUGCCACCCUUGGUCUCCUUGGUUCAAAGCCAAAAUGUGGAAUGGAGACUCUUCAGCUUGCGGUUGCUCUCAGAAACCACAUGUCUGCUCGUGAACCAGGAAGUUGGGGAUGGCGAGGAUGCAGCCAGUGUUGAUUCUGACAGCAAUCUUCAGGCCCUCAUUAGAGACGUCUUACUUCCCCAGUAUGAGCACAUUCUCAUGGAGCCUGACCCAGUACCAGCAUAUGCUCUGAAACUGCUAGUUGCAAUGACUGAACACAACCCAACUUUUACCAGACUUGUGGAAGAAAGCAAACUGAUCCCACUCAUUUUUGAAGUAAUUCUGGAACAUCAGGAGAGCAUUCUGGGUAACACCAUGCAAAGUGUGAUUGCAUUGCUCAACAAUCUGGUUGCCUGCAAAGAUUCGAAUAUGAAGCUACUUUAUGAACAAGGACUUGUCACUCAUGUCUGUAACCUGUUCACUGAAACUGCCACGCUGUGCUUGGAUAUGAACAGUAAAAACAACAAUGAGAUGGCGGCCGCACUGCUGUUUUCCCUGCUUGACAUUUUGCACGGCAUGCUGACCUACACGUCCAGUAUCGUACGGCUGGCCUUGCAGGCCCAGAAGUCUGGCUCAAGAGGGGACACUCAGGCCGCAGAAGACCUGCUGCUGCUCAGCAAACCUCUGACAGACCUCAUUAGCCUGCUCAUCCCGCUGCUUCCUAGCGAGGAUCCUGAAAUUUUUGAUGUUUCAUCCAAGUGUCUGUCUAUACUGGUUCAGCUUUAUGGAGGGGAAAACCCAGACAGUCUGUCUCCUGAAAAUGUGGAAACUUUUGCUGAUUUGCUGGUAUCCAAGGAGGAUCCAAAAGAGCAGAAACUUCUGUUGAGGAUUCUCAGAAGAAUGAUCACCUCCAAUGAGCAACACCUGGAGAGCCUCAAGAGCGAGGGCUGCCUCCUGCAGGCUCUGGAGCAGCUGGCCCCGGCUAGCGGUUCGUCCGCCGACAGUGUUGUGGCUUCCUUAGCCCUGGAAAUCCUCAAGCUGCUGGGCACUCGGCAGGAAGGCACUUAGCACAAGCCCACCGUGUGGCCCCAGCCCGGCUGCACGGGCAGGGUCGGCUCCCAAGCACACUCACCACGUCACCACCCACAGCUGUAUUUGGACCUAAUAAAGUCAGCUGAACCCAGAA